GCAGCGCCGCGCAGGUCCCGCCGCCCGCCCGGCACCGACCGCACCGACCGCUCCCCUCCGGCCCGCCCCGCACCGAGCGCUGCUCUCCACGCCCGCUCGGACCGCACCGCACCGCACCGCUCCCGCCUCCGCCCCGGCCGGGAGCCCCUGACCCACCAUGACGUUCAAGCAAGCGUCCAUGAUGGCCCCAGAGGCCACAGCCAGCACGCUGCCCAUGAGCACGAUGGAGAACUCCACUGAGGCUGCGGGGCCAGGCGAGAGCAAGGAGGACAUGUUCACCAAGCUGAGGGACAAGUUCAUGAAUGAGCUCAACAAGAUCCCCUUGCCACCCUGGGCCCUCAUCGCCAUUGCAGUUGUGGCCGGACUCCUCAUCCUCACCUGUUGCUUUUGCAUCUGCAAGAAGUGCUGCUGCAAGAAGAAGAAGAACAAGAAGGAGAAGGGCAAAGGCAUGAAGAAUGCCAUGAACAUGAAGGACAUGAAGUCAGGCAACCAGGACGAUGACGACGCAGAGACGGGUCUGACAGAGGGGGAAGGUGAGGAAGAGGAGAAGGAGCCGGAGAACCUGGGCAAGCUGCAGUUCUCACUGGACUAUGAUUUCCAGGCAAACCAGCUCACAGUGGGGAUCCUCCAAGCUGCCGAACUGCCAGCUUUGGAUAUGGGUGGCACCUCAGACCCCUACGUCAAGGUGUUUCUGCUCCCUGACAAGAAGAAAAAGUAUGAGACCAAAGUGCAGAAGAAGACACUCAACCCUGCCUUCAAUGAGACCUUCACCUUCAAGGUGCCCUACCAGGAGCUGGGUGGGAAGACGCUGGUGAUGGCCAUCUAUGACUUUGAUCGCUUCUCCAAGCACGACAUCAUCGGUGAGGUGAAGGUGCCCAUGAACACAGUGGACCUGGGCCAGCCCAUCGAGGAGUGGCGGGACCUGCAGAGUGGCGAGAAGGAGGAGCCAGAGAAGCUGGGAGAUAUCUGCAUCUCCCUCCGGUACGUGCCCACAGCCGGGAAGCUCACUGUCUGCAUCCUGGAAGCCAAGAACCUGAAGAAGAUGGAUGUUGGGGGCCUCUCAGAUCCCUACGUGAAGAUCCACCUGCUGCAGAAUGGCAAGAGGUUGAAGAAGAAGAAGACCACAGUCAAGAAGAAGACCCUGAACCCCUACUUCAAUGAGUCUUUCAGCUUUGAGAUCCCCUUUGAGCAGAUACAGAAAGUGCAAGUGGUCAUCACAGUGCUGGACUACGACAAGCUGGGGAAGAAUGAAGCCAUCGGCAAGAUCUUCACAGGCUUGAACUCCACCGGCACGGAGCUGCGGCACUGGUCCGACAUGCUGGCCAACCCCCGGCGGCCCAUUGCCCAGUGGCACUCGCUGAAGCCAGAGGAAGAAGUAGAUGCAGCUCUCGGGAAAAACAAAUAGGCAGCUCUGCCAGCCGGCGCGGCACUGCGGACAGUUGACCCAGAGCUACUGAUACCUCAGUUCUGCAACCUUCCUUUUGGUUUUUGUUCUAAGCUGAAAUGCCCUUCGAUGCCUCUGGAAGGGUAUCCAGGCAGUCCCAAUAGCUUCCAGGGGAAGAGGUUGAAGACAUGGAUGGUUCUUUUUGUUCUUCAGCAUCACUCCCUUCUGCUGCAUGUCCCAUUGCCUCUGCUCGCCAUCCCUUCCCAGUGCAAAGCCAGCAGCACACCUGGGACCUUCCCCAGCAGCUGUGUCACCAGCCUGCAGCAUUGCUGACACCAUCCUGCCCUUGGGAUCACGUGGGGAACCAUGGAACGUUGCCUGGAGGUGAUACUGGAGCCUGAUGGUGUGAGGUGACCAGACCCACUGUGCUUGGUUGGGGCAUGACCAGCAGUGAGACAGAAAAAUGGUGCAGAAGACCCUCUGAAGAGACCCAGGGGUCUCCCCCUGGCCCUCCCCAAGGAAAGCUGAGUGCCCCUGGACAGCUCCAGGUUUGGGUUCUCUGAGGAGAGGCUGGCGGUGGGGUGCCAAGCCCUCAGUGUUGCAGCAGGAGCUGUGGAGGCCAGUCUGGGCACAGGGAUCCUCAGGAGGGCUGCUCCAAGGAAACACAGUGUGAAAUGUGGAUGCACCAGCAGCACUGUGUGGAUCACCGCCACCACCAGCACCACAACCUCUGUUUUGUCCCCAGAGGGGCAGCGCUGGGUGAUUUGCAUCUGUGUCCUGUUCACCAUGCUUGGUGAAUCCCAAAGAUCAAAAUGCUUCCACAAGGCAGGUUUACAAUGAGAGGUCUCCAGGUGCGAUGGGGGCAGCCACCGGUGUCUCCCCAGGGACCGUCCAUCGCGUGUCCCGUCAUCGCUGUGGGCACCUCAGCCUCAGGGCAGCCAGGGGGCCAUGGGGAGCUCCAGCCCCACCACCUGCUGCAGGUGGGGAUGGCAAGAGCAAACCUAGGGCCAAUAAGCCCCAGACCCCCAACCCCCAUGAGCUGCUACUCCCCACCAGGCCACUGGCUGUUAAACCCACCCUGUCCUGUUCCCCUCGGGGGUAAAAGCCAUAAUCCAUGACCCUGACAGUGGCUAAGAGCUUCUCUAGGCUACUUCUGCCACUGUCCCAGAAAAGCCCCUGAGUCAGAAAGCCAACACAGUUCUCUGCAGCUGGGAGAGGGUCCAGCAGCCCUGCCCGGUCUGUAGUGGAGCACUGAUGUUGGCUCAUGUCCCUGUCCCAGCCCCAGCUCCACAGCAGCCUCGUGCUCUGCUCCCUUUGGCUUCCUGGGACUCAGUGCUGGGCGUUCUGGCACGGCAGCAGUGAAGGGUCGAGCCCCAGGGAUGUGCUGGCACUGGGGAUGCUGCUCUGGGGGCUCAACACCUGGGCUGGGACCAUGGUGCAGGGUGUCCCAGGUCCAGGGACACAGUGCCAAAACCAAGCUCAUCCCAGUGCUGUUGGAUGUUUUAGCAGCUCCCACAGCUCUGACUUCCCAAAGGGCAUUCCAGCCCUCUCCAGAGGUGGGGACAUGAUGGGAAACUUGGUGGCAGUCACCAGGUUUGAAACUUGGCUCGGAGGGUUCAAAUGGACAUGGGGACUGUACCAGGAGGGUAGUGCAGCUCUGGGACUGGUCCCCAGGGCAGGACAUCUCCAUCUGUGGGAGGUUUGGGGCUCGGAUGGCUGAGCUGCAGUGUGGGAAGGCGAUGUUGGACGGGACCUCUAAUGACCACCUCCAGCACCACUGUGGCUGCACUUGGCCCAUGCCCUGCUGAAGGUGGCACUGGGGCCAUGCUGGGUCUGCAGGGGUCAUCCAGCCAGUGGUUUCUCAGGGCCAUCUCCAGCUUUAAUUAGUCCCUUUUCCUAAUGGAUGUGUCAUUGUCAACAGAUGGGGUCCUGCCCUGCCCCUGUAGCCAAAGGGAGAAGUCUUUGGAUGCUUUUAAUAAUGGGGAGCUGGAGGGGGUCUGAUGCCCCAUGGUCAGGAGCACUCGUAGGACUCAGUCUCAUUAUGGGGUCCAUCCAGGCAUCGGGGGGGGGGGGGGUGG